UUCCCGCUCGUACCCAGUCCACCAAGUGAGGAAGGAGGCAGAGAGCCAUGAGCAUGGAGCCCGAGCACAAGUACAUCUCGACCGAGCACAUCCAGAGCAUGCUGGACGAGAACGCGACCAUGAUCGUCGAGAUCAUCCAGCUCAACAACGCCGUCAAGCACGAGCGUGGCGCCGCGCUCGCCGACAUCCAGGACAAGCUCGAAAAGAAGCGCAAGAAGCUCAACCGGAACCUUAUGACGCUCGCCAAGUGGGCCGAUGAGAGCACGGAGCCGCCCGUCAAGUCCAAGCCCGCGCCUGUCGCUAUUGUCCAGCCGCCGGCCCAGAUCGCCGCGCCCGUUGCCGAGCAGCCCAAGCCAGAAGGCGGUGACCAGCAUAUGGGUGUGAACCAAGCGAUGGACAACAAUGCGCUGUCAGUUGAAGCGGCCACCGAUGCGCCCAAGGCGGAAGGCGAGGACGAUCAGGUCAAGGUUGAUGUGCCGCAGGAGAAGGAAGACGACCCGAUGGGCGCGACGGACGCGACCACGGACGAGACGGUGCUACCGACGAAGGCUGAAGAGGUGGCCGACGUUGACAUGGGCAAGGGCGACGACGUCGAGCCUCUGCCUCUGGUCCAGUCGCCGCUCGCGACCCUCUCGGGUGUUGCAUCCCCGAGCAUCUCGGGGGUUGCGUCGCCCAACGUGUCUGCGAUCUCGUCCUUUGAGAACACGCCGCAGGCGUCGGCAGCUGCGUCCCCGAAGCCGGAUUCCGAGAUUGUCGAGUCGGCCAUUGCCUCGCCGAUCGAUGCGACGCCUGAAGAAGCGUCCAUGCCGGCCUCUACGGAGGCUGCAACUGCUUCAACCGACGCAGUUGACGUCGCGCCUGUCGACGUACCUUCGCCGGAUGCCGUCGCGGAAGCGCCCGUGACCGCACCGUCGCCGGAAGCCUCCACGGAGAUGUCGGUCGAGGUCUCUGCAGACGACGCCUCCAUCGUGGACUCUGCUGACGCGUCGGCUGAAGCAUCGGCUGAAGCGUCUCCUGAAGCAUCUGCCGAAGCGUCUCCUGAAGCAUCGCCCGAGGUGUCCGCCGAGGCCUCGCCCGAAGCGUCUGCUGAAGCAUCUGCCGAAGCGUCUCCUGAAGCAUCUCCUGAGGUGUCUGCUGAGGCCUCACCCGAGGUGUCCCCUGAAGCGUCUCCCGAAGCAUCUCCCGAGGCCUCUGCUGAAGCUUCGCCGGAAGCGUCUGCGGAAGCGUCGCCGAAUGCUUCUGCCCAGGCCUCGCCUGCUGCAUCGCCGGCCGCCGUCGCAGAGAGUUCUGUGGAAACGACGACUGCGCCCGAGCCGUCCACCGAAGGUGCUUCGGACGAUGCCAUGGACGCCUCGCCGGUAGCAGACGCGUCGGUGACGAACGACACACCGCCGGCUGUAGCAGACGCGUAAGGAUAAAUGUAUUGAGGAUGCAGUGGACCUUUGCCUGUUAUAAAUAAAUAAA